ACCAGCCGCAUCCACCGCGAGCGCUAGGUAGUCAGUGAAAGGGGAAGAGUUAGGGUUUUGUGAGCGCGAGUAAUGGCGACGGGGAGCGGAGAGGUUCCGGUGGUGCCCGAGGCGGCGGAGGGGAAAGUUGCGACGGUGGUCGAGGAGAAGGAGGGAGAGGGCGCGGUGGUGUCGGAGGUGGUGGAGAAGGCACCGGCGAAGACGGGGAAUCGGGCGGAGGAGGAGGAGCGGCGGGAUGAUCACCCUCAAGUGCAGUGAUGGCGAGCUGAUCGAGGUGAGGGCGGCGUCGGCGAUGCUGUCCAAAAUCCUCGGGGAAAUGGUCGAGUCCGGCCACGCCGAUGGAGUCAUCCCGCUCACGGAGAUCGACUCCAAGACCUUCAAGAAGGUGAUCAAGUACUGCGACAAGCACGCCGACUUCGCCGCCAACAACAAGUCCGGUACCGACGAGGAGAAAGACUGGGACAAGGGCUUCAUCGACGAGCUGGACAAGAACAGGAACUUCCUCUUCUGCGUCAUCAUGGCCGCCAACUUCCUCUGCAUCCGUGGACUCCUCGAAGACGGCUGCCAGAAGGUCGCCGACACGAUCAAGGGCAAGACCCCCGAGGAGAUCCGCGAGGCUUUCAACAUCGAGAACGACCUCACCGCUGAGGACUUGAAGGAGAUAAGCCUGGAGAACGAAAAGGUCUUCGGGUAGCACUAACUUCUCUCUGAACCCGUAGAUCGUAUAUUCGUAGUGUCCUCGUCGCGCAAUGGUGGUUCUGUCGUAGUUGUGUGUUGUGUUCGCUGGUAGAUUCAGAUCGAAUCGGCUUACCGUGAGUUCGUGCAUGAUGCAUCCUGUCCAAGAAGAUCAGAGUCGGCUGUGUAGUUGAAUGCUUUGAACUGGUGGAUCGCUUGCAUGAAGAGAAUACUUCGC